AUGGCUGUCAGAAAGCGAUUCAUCAACUCUUUUGCGCACAGGGAGUCUCCCAGUCAAUCAGUGGCUACUCACCGUGGCAUUGAGGCUUCUCCCAACUCAAAACUUCCCCUGGACGAAACAGGUCCCAACUCGACAGAUGAGGAAAUUAUCAAUGAGAAGGCCCAGUCUGAUACACAAAAGGCUCAGGCAAGCUCUCAAUCAUGGACGAGAAUACCCUGGAUGCAGCCUACAUUCUGUCAGUCCACCCUACAGUCAAUUAAUCACACAUUCCCAUGGCUAAUCGCCUCACCUCUAUCACCAUAUAUCUACAAAGGUUUCGAGCUGCAUUCUAUGAUUGGUCUGGCAUCUGUGUUUGCUUCGUUGAUCUCCGCUCUUGUCAAGUUCCCUUACGCGAAGCUCAUGGAUAUCUGGGGUCAACUCAAGCCUGUGGGGUAG